CAUAAAGAGCCGGGGAGGGGAGGGGGGAUGAGAUUUCUCGCUGCCCAAUCCCCCUGUUCCCUCGGGAGCCGCAGCCUUCCACGGUCCGUCCCUCCCUCUUGUUUGCUAAUCAUUUCAUUUUACUCCUUUUUGAAGCGCUGGCUUGUUUUUUAUCCCAUGCACUUUUCAUUUCUUCCACAAUCCGCGCGCGUCUCUCUGCUCGCCUCCCUCUGAUCCCCGGCUCUCCACGCUGUGCUCUCCCGGCGUCAGGCUCUCCAGAUCCCGGCUGAUUCUCUCACCUCUCUCUCGCUCUCUCUCUCCCUCUCUCUCUCCCUCUCUCUCUCUCUCUCUCUCUCUCUCUCUCGGCUCCUCUGAGAUGCUCUCCCCGCUCUCCACCCUCUUUUAACUUCACAGAGACGCUGGUUUUAAAGCGCGGACUGCCGCGGCUGCUGGGAUCUAAAACAACCCCGGGAGAAACCCAGAGGGAUCCCCGGCUCUUCUUUUGGAUCAGGACCUGGUACUUUGGGGGGAAGCUCGCUCGCUCGUGUGUCCUCCACCCCUCCCCUCCUCUUCCCUUCUUCCGCAUCGCUUCUCUUCAUUCUCCACCUUAAUCCAGGUGGUCCUUUGGCUUUUUUUGAGUUCGCUGGUACAGGGAGGAUUAUUCUUCUGCUUCUUUCUUGUUUUCUGGUGAAGACAAAAGCUCCCAGAAGGACACUUUGAUGUUCUCCAUCCAGGACAGCCUCCCCCGGGGGGCCCUGACCAUGAAGGAGGAGCCGCUCCCCACCGGCAUGACCCCGGUUCGCUCCUGGAUGCAGGGCGCCGGGAUUUUGGACGCCAACACAGCGGCUCAGAGUGGCGUUGGUUUGGCCCGGGCUCACUUUGAGAAGCAGCCGCCGUCCAACCUGAGGAAGUCCAACUUCUUCCACUUCGUGCUGGCGCUGUACGACCGGCAGGGUCAGCCCGUGGAGAUCGAGAGGACGUCCUACGUCGACUUCGUGGAGAAAGACAAGGAGUACAACGGAGAGAAGACCAACAAUGGGAUCCACUACCGGCUACAGCUCCUCUACAGCAACGGCAUCAGGACAGAACAGGAUCUGUUCGUUCGGCUGAUUGACUCCAUGACCAAACAGCCCAUCCUGUACGAAGGUCAGGACAAGAACCCAGAAAUGUGUCGCGUCCUCCUCACCCACGAGAUCAUGUGCAGUCGGUGUUGUGACAAGAAGAGCUGCGGAAAUCGCAACGAGACGCCCUCUGACCCCGUCAUCAUCGACAGAUUCUUCCUCAAGUUCUUCCUCAAGUGCAAUCAGAACUGUUUGAAAAAUGCAGGAAACCCCCGAGACAUGAGGCGGUUCCAGGUGGUUGUCUCCACUACGGUCAACGUGGACGGUCACGUGCUGGCGGUGUCAGACAACAUGUUCGUCCACAACAACUCCAAACAUGGCCGCCGCGCCCGGCGCCUGGACCCCUCUGAAGCAGCCACGCCCUGCAUCAAAGCCAUCAGCCCGAGCGAGGGCUGGACGACCGGCGGCGCCACCGUCAUCCUCAUCGGGGACAACUUCUUCGACGGCCUGCAGGUCGUGUUCGGGACCAUGCUGGUCUGGAGCGAGCUGAUCACCCCCCACGCCAUCCGGGUCCAGACCCCCCCUCGUCACAUCCCCGGGGUCGUGGAGGUCACGCUGUCCUACAAAUCCAAACAGUUCUGCAAAGGAGCGCCGGGGCGCUUCGUCUACACCGACCGUUUCCGUGUGAACUCCUGA